GACAUUCGACAACAAAUCAAUCCGGAAUGCAAAAUUAUACACUAAAGUUUAAACUGAAAAUUCUAUUUUAAAACUGAUAUUGUUUAUAGUUUUUCAGUGAUUAUAUUUCUUGAUAAAUCAUACUUACUUUUUGCCUCUCCUAAUCAUUUCGUGUGUAUGUAAUACCUGGAGUUUUUUCAGUCUUUAGCAACAAGUGUUUGUGUAAUAAAUGUGUUAAUUUAAUGUUAAAUUCAAUUUAAAUACAGUCACAAAAUGUGGGAUAAAAUAAUAUAUAUUCUCAUUAUUACAUUGGUGACGUACAUUUUCAAGCAGCUCUUUUCCGAAACACCAAAUUUCGUGAAAUUUAAAUCAAAAUUUCUCAUUUUUUAUAUUUGGACUUCGGUUACUGCUGUAUUUUUGCUGCCGUUCUUUGUAUUCAAUCCGAAAAAUGUAAAAAAUUCCCUAUUUGGAUCUCAAAUAGUGAAGCAUGUUACCAAAAUAAUUGAAGUUAAGUGGCAUCUAAGGAAUGGCAGAGUUCUUGCUGAAGACCGAGGAGCUGUUGUGGUAUCUAAUCACCAAUCAUCAAUUGAUAUAUUAGGAAUGUUCAACAUAUGGCAUGUAGCUGAUAAAGUUGCAGCUAUAGCACGGAAAGAAAUAUUUUAUGUGUGGCCGUUUGGCCUUGCCGCAUACCUAGCAGGGGUUGUAUUUAUUGACAGAAAUAACUCAAAAGAUGCCUAUAAACAACUAAAAAUUACUUCAGAAGUCAUGAUUAAAAAUAAGACAAAGAUAUGGCUAUUUCCAGAGGGCACUAGAAACAAAGACUUCACCAAACUAUUACCUUUCAAAAAGGGUGCGUUCAACAUAGCAGUUGCCGCACAAGUGCCGAUAAUACCUGUCGUAUUCUCUCCAUAUUAUUUUAUUAAUAGGAACAAAAACAUUUUCAAUAAAGGCCAUGUUGUUAUACAGUGUCUGGAACCUGUGUCCACUAAGGGUCUGACAAUGGAAGACGUUCCUGAGCUCAUUAUACGUGUUCGCAAUAUGAUGGACGCAGUUUACAAAGAACUAUCAAAGGAAGUACUCAGCGCAUUGCCACCUAACUACCCACUAGCCACUACAGAUUGAUCACUCAGGUAUGGGUGAGAUAUCCAAACAUAAGUAUUAAACAACAAUACAUGUCUACAUUAUUAUUGAAUAAUAAUGCCAGACGCAAAACAUUAUAGCCAUAGUCAUUAUAGUUUUAUUUAGAAAGGAACCAUUCUUAUUGUCAUUUAUUAAUUUGGUUGUUUUGUCAUGUUAUUUUAGAGAAUGUGUGUACGAGGCUAAUUAAACUAAAUACACAAACACAUUAGUAGAAACUGAUACUGAUUUAUCAAGUAAACAACCGAGACAAUAGUUUUCCGGCUUUCUUUUGUUUACAUUUCUUAUAUCCAAUUGUAGUAAACGAUGUAUAAUAACAAUUGUUGCAGCUAAUGUGUAUAGCGUAACCGUGUUACAAAACCAGUUUCUACCCUGAAUACAGAAGUGAGUUGUUAAUCAUAGGCUACACUUCCAAUUGCAUAAGUUACUGAAAACGAUCACAGAAUCUUAAUUAAACUUUGUCCCUUACAUAUUAAUUAAGUACUUGCGAGAAGAAUCUGGUUUUUACUUUGUAACACAUUCAUUUAUCAACCAAACAUUGAUUUCUAGAUUUAGUUUAUAGUCUUAUUUUAUGAGUACCUAUGUAUUGUGACUUAGGUACCAGUCAUUAUCAGCUUUUGUGAUAAUUAUUAUUUAGCUAUUAAAUAGCCGCUUUAUAUGACUGAGCAAUAAACUUAACAUAGGCACUCUGUACUAUGAUUUUUUAUAAUUAUUAAUUUAGUGUUUGUUAAGUUACUCUACACUUGCAUGCCCGCUAUUUUUAGCUGCUUUAAUGUUAGUCAUUAUAUUUUUAUAGUUGAUAGUUAUAAUUUGAAAGCAAAUUCUUGAUUAAUAUUUCUAGGGUUAUUUUUAUAAUAACACAAGUCAAAACGCUAAUUCAUUCUCGAAUUAAAAUGUGCCAUUUAAAUUUUUAUUAAUUAAGCGUCACAUUAUUGGACCCAAGAUGAAGUGCGGGACCAGAACACAUACAUAAACUGCAGUGAUUUAAAUUGUUUACAUUUUAUGUAGUCAGUUUCAAAGAUACAUAAUAUCUAUCAAUUAACAUAUAAGUACUGUAUAAACCAGAUCAUUGGAUUGAAUUUUGAAAACACAUCAUUCAUGCACCACCUAUUUCCAAUCCAGAGAUCCCAGAUAAAAUAUGAUUCCCAGUGAGGGCAAAAUUCUCUUCUUGCGUUGUAGUAGCAAUAACUAAGCAAAGGUUACUUUGAAGCUGACGGAACAUAUAAAAUUAUUUGUUUUAUAAUAAUUUAAAGCUUUAUGUUAUGGUCCAAGUGAUACAUUAUUAUAUUCAAACCACCGAGAGUGUAUAAUAAUAAUUAUUAGAGGCUAUAAAUGACAAUAAGUAAUAAAAAUAUCUAAUUAUUCAAAGCUCUUUUUCAAAAUAUCUCAAAAAUGAUUUAUUUUAUUUCGAAUUAUUCUUAUAAUCACUUUGCCCAUAACAUUUCAAAAUGGUCCUCAUAAAGGUAUCUAAGCAUUAUAGUCCUCAAGUAUGAAAUCAAGCCUCAGUAAAGUCAGUCAGUCUCAGGUAAUUCAGGCCUUUGAUUGGUUGAAUAUUUAAUAUUUAUAUCAAUUACAGGACCUGUACGAUUGAGAUUAUAUCGAAUUUUCAACCAGAAUAUGAGCCUUUAAGAUAUCACUCAUUUGAUUUAUGAUCAUUCCUACUUUCCUGUGACAAAAAUCAACAAUCCCAAUGUGAUUCUUUAUGCCGUGUCUAUAUGUUCCUAUAUGUAUAGUGAUUUUAUGUUAGUACCUAACUACAUGGUGUUUAUUACAUAGAACAGUAUUAUUUUUAAAUAAUUGUCUUUAAUAUUUUCACUUGUGCAUGCAAGUAUUAUGUACAGUGUUUUUAAUAUCGUGCUAAUUUCAUCACGGACGCGGGAUUGCGUGACAUCCGUAAGUGUCCAUUUCAUACAAGUACCUAUCGGGGCAUGAUGAAAUCCGGACGAUGUUAAAAAAGAACACCCCAAUGUAUGGUGAAAAUGCUUAAUAUUAUGCUAUAUUUGAUAACUUAAGUUAGCUUACUAUUAAACUAAGUUAUCAAAUAUACUCGAUAUAGAAAGUGUUUGUAUCAAUGGCGAUGCACCAGGAUUAAGGCAUUUCUUUUUUAUCAACCACUCGAAUUAGAACGAAAUUGAUAUCUAUUUAUUUAUACAGUAUUC